AUGGUGGAUAUUAUUUUCAGCUCUUCUUUCUUGGGUGAUAUGGGGGAUCAUUCCAAAAAGAAGUCCGGAAUCGCAAUGUGUGUAGGCUGUGGAAGUCAGAUUCUUGACCAGUAUAUACUACGAGUUUCCCCGGAUUUGGAGUGGCACGCAGCCUGUUUGAAGUGCGCGGAAUGCAGUCAGUACCUGGAUGAAACGUGCACUUGCUUCGUCCGGGAUGGCAAGACGUAUUGCAAAAGAGAUUAUGUAAGAUUGUUUGGGAUAAAAUGCGCAAAAUGUAACCUCGGCUUCAGCAGCAGCGAUCUCGUGAUGAGAGCUCGAGAAAACGUGUACCACAUCGAAUGUUUCCGGUGCUCGGUGUGCAGCAGGCAACUUUUGCCUGGGGAUGAGUUCUCUCUGCGGGAGGAAGAGCUGCUGUGUCGGGCUGAUCACAGCUUGCUAAUGGAGAGAGGCUCCGCGGGAAGUCCUAUCAGCCCCGGACACAUUCACUCCAGUCGGUCACUCCACAUGGCAGGUCAGUCAAACCACUGUUUUCCCGACCCAGUAUCCGUGAGACAACCACCACACCGAAACCACGUCCACAAGCAAUCCGAGAAGACUACUCGCGUGCGGACGGUGCUCAACGAGAAACAGCUUCACACUCUCCGGACCUGCUACAACGCUAAUCCGAGACCGGACGCACUAAUGAAGGAACAACUAGUGGAAAUGACCGGUCUCAGCCCGAGGGUCAUACGAGUUUGGUUCCAGAACAAACGCUGUAAAGACAAGAAGAGGUCUAUUCUUAUGAAGCAACUUCAACAACAGCAACACAGUGAUAAAACUAAUCUCCAGGGACUCACGGGUACGCCUCUUGUAGCAGGCAGUCCAAUUCGACAUGAAAACGCUGUUCAAGGUAACCCAGUUGAGGUGCAAACUUACCAACCGCCUUGGAAAGCCUUAAGCGAAUUCGCGUUGCAGAGUGAUCUGGAGCAGCCUGCCUUUCAGCAGCUGGUGUCUUUUUCGGAAUCAGGCUCCUUGGGUAAUUCCUCGGGCAGCGACGUGACUUCUCUAUCGUCCCAGCUCCCAGACACUCCAAACAGCAUGGUACCGAGUCCCGUCGAGACGUGA